GUCUUCUUUUUCUUUCCCUUCCUAACCAAAAACCCAAACCCAUCAUCUUUGGAUCCAAAAUCCAACCCUAAAACCUCUUCUCUCUUCCACCCACCAACCCCUAAACCAUUCCCAACCCAAUAAUAAAAAAAAGCCCUCCUUUCCCUCUCUCUCCCCUUCUCCUCCUAAGCUUUCUUCUCCUUCUCCUUGUACUCCUCUCUGAACUCUCACCAACACAUCCCCCUCACUCUCUAAAAGCAUGAUACCAUGAUCCCUCACCAACAAAACCUCUACUCCUCCAUGGCUCCCCACUUCUAGCUACCACCAAACCCAUCUCUUCCUCCUCCUCCUCCAAGUUCAUCAGCUAGCUACCUCCUCCAUCUUCAGCUCCAAAUCCCUGAAUCCACCGAUCAUCAUCCAUUAUUCAACCCACAAUUCCCUGCUCCAUAACUUGUUUGAGCUCAAGAUCCAACCCAAUAACCAAUUAGAUGCCGGCCCUCCCCCACUUUCCCAUUUCCACCCCAAAAGCACCUCUCUUUAGCUAGGGAAAGGAAAAACCCAAAUCAGUAAUUUCCAGCACGUACACAAACAAGCAAGGAAUGGAUCCGGUAACGGCCCACGGCCAUAAUUCCCUGCCACCGCCGUUCCACACCAGAGACUUCCAGCUCCACCACCAAUUCACCCAACACCACCACCACCAACAACACCAACAACACCAGCAGCAGCAGCAGAAUUCGGAGGACGAGCAGAGCGGAAGCAGCAGCGGCCUCAAAAACCACAAGCGGGACCGAGACGACAACUCCCACAACUCCAACCCCAACGACUCCUCCAGCAAGGACCUCAUGGCCGCCUCAGCCGGCGGCGGAGAGAUCACCCGCCGCCCCCGCGGCCGCCCCGCGGGGUCCAAGAACAAGCCCAAGCCUCCCAUCAUCAUCACCCGCGACAGCGCCAACGCCCUCCGGACCCACCUCAUGGAGGUCGCCGACGGCUGCGACGUCGUCGAGUCCGUCGCCACCUUCGCCCGCCGCCGCCAGCGUGGGGUCUGCAUCAUGAGCGGGACCGGCACCGUCACCAACGUCACCCUCCGCCAGCCGGCCUCACCAGGCGCCGUCGUCACCCUCCACGGCCGCUUCGAGAUCCUCUCCCUCGCCGGAUCCUUCCUGCCGCCGCCCGCUCCCCCUGCGGCGACCGGGCUGACUAUCUACCUGGCCGGGGGCCAGGGGCAGGUCGUGGGCGGGAGCGUGGUGGGGACGCUGACCGCCUCGGGACCCGUGGUGAUCAUGGCGGCGUCAUUUAGCAAUGCCGCGUACGAGCGGCUGCCGCUCGAAGACGAGGAUCCGGGGAUGGCGGGGCAGCCUGCUCCGAUUGGAUCUCCCGGCGGAGGUGUGGGGUCCGCCGUGCCACCUCAGCAGCAACAGGUUAUGGGUGGGGCCGGGUCGGGUGACCCGAGUGGAGCUCCGAUGUUUCACGGGCUGCCGCCCAACCUACUCAAUUCCAUCCAGUUGCCCGCCGACGCCUACUGGGGCGGCGGCAACGGUGGUGGUGGCGGCGGGGGACGUCCUCCUUACUAGUGGAAUCGAGAUUGCACCGACGGUUAGCAAUUUCUUGAACGCUCACUCUCUCGUUCUCGCUCCUGCUCGUUGAAUUGUCCAGACUUUUGAAGGAGAAGAAUCGAAGGGAGCGAUAAAACAACAGAAAAAGGAGCAAAGGUUUAUUCAUGUAGCUAAGUAGCAUCCUCCCUCUCUUUCUUUUCUCUAAUUUGCUCUCUCUCUUUGUUGUAGAAGAAGAGGAAUUUGUCGAUUGUUUUCCUUCUGGUUUUUGUUUUGAUUUUGGAGGAUUCAUCAAUUAGUUUCCCGUUUCCUGAUUUUUUCUUCUUCUGUGGAUUGUUCCAACGAUGAUGAUCGUGAAGGGGGUGGUGUUGUGUUUUAUCUUAUGAUGGGUCUUAAUUAUCUUGUUAGUGCUUCUUAUAUUACAAUGUGCAUUGCAUUUGAUUUGAUUUGAUUAUGGUCAUGUGAUGAUGGCUAGGUAGUAGCUAAAUUCUUUUUUUAGUUGUAAUGUUGUUUGUUUGACAAUGUUGUUUUAAUUAUCUUGUUAAUAUAAUGCUUCUUAUAUU